CUGUUUUAGAUGGCCAACAAAAUAACAAAAUGUUAUUCCUGAAAGAUGCACAUUUGGGACAUUGCUUGUAAAAUUUGAAUAGAAAUUGGAACUGAUCAUUUUUUGAUUUGGCUGACCUGGGGCUUGAGUCGUAACUAACUGGCUAGCCGCUGCCACAGCUGAGGCCAAGAUGAUCGAGGUGGUAGCCUCAAUGGCCCGAGGCCCGGUGUUUCUGGCCGGGGAGGUGAUGGAGUGUCUCAUCACCUUCACCAACCCCAUGUCCCAUCUCUCCACCUCUGCCAGCAGUGAGAUGCUGGCGUGGGCCAGUGCCCAGAUCCACUGCCAGUUCCAUGCCAGUGAGAGCAGAGUGGCGCUGCCAGCCCAGGGCACCAAGCAGGAUGUCCAGGCAGAGAGCGACACGGUCCUCAUCCCCAGCAGAGGAGAGGGAGGGCAGUGCAUGUUGGACACGCCUCCCAAGAUACUAUUCUGUGACCUGCGUCUGGACCCCGGAGAGAGCAGAACCUACUCGUACAGUGAGGUGGUUCCCAAUGACGGCCCUCCUAGUUUUCGAGGCCAGUCAGUGAAGUAUGUUUAUAAGCUGACCAUCGGCUGCCAGAGGGUCAACUCCCCAAUCAAACUACUGAGGGUCCCCUUCAGAGUCCUCGUCCUGCAUGGCAUGCCGGAGCCCCCGUUUCCCCAGGACGAGGAGGUGGCCCCCUCUAACCCCUUCCUGGAGGAGGAGGAGGGGGGCCGGAGAGACGAUCGCCCCCUGGAGAGAGCCCUGGACAUGCUGAUGAUCACCUCACGCCGCUGUCCCCAUCUGUUCAACAUCACCAACACGCGGGGGAAGGUGGCCAAGUUCUGCAUCUUCAAGACCGUCUACAGACUAGGGGAGGACAUCAUCGGCACCUUCAACUUCUCAGAGGGGGAUAUUCCCUGUAUACAGUACUCGGUCAGCCUGCAGAGUGAAGAGGAGAUCCAGCAGGGGUACCAGCGGCGUCCCGGUCAGUCGAUCAGUGUGAUGGGUCACGGUCGUCACCUAGAGUCCUGCCUCCACACAGCCUCCACCCACUUCUCCCUCCCCGUCCCCCUCAAUGUCACCCCCGGCUUCAGCACAGACAUCAUGACCCUGCGAUGGCGCCUGCACUUUGAGUUCGUCACAUCCCGAGAGCCCAUGGAAUCGCACAACGUGAUGCAUAACCAAUCAGAGGUCACCGUGUGGAUGGGGGCAGAGCAUGUUGAUGUGGAUACCUUCAGUUGGGACCUGCCAAUCAAAGUGCUCCCCACCAAUCCCGCCCUGACGUCUUACGUCUCCCAGUUUACAGGGACCAACAGCAUCAACAUUUAAGCGUGUGUGUGUGUGGUGUGUGUGUGUGUGAGGAAGGAAGGAGAUAUGAACAAUGUAUUCCAGAUAUAAAGCAGGCAACUUUUUUUGCCAUUUUAUUUUAAUAUUUUAACAUUUUGCAGUGCAUCCUAUAUUUUUCCUUGAACCCUCACCUUCCUGUUUUUCUAGCUGAAACAUGAUGAUGAUCAAUGUAGAAUGCUACUAUCUGUGGGGUCAUUCACAUUUGUUUUUAUUUCAUUUUUGACCCCUUUAUUCAAAGAGUCCAUUGCUUUGUUACAUGAAAAAAGUAUUUUAUUGACCAGAGCUAUGUGCUCUACAACUGUUCAAUGUGAAUCAGGAAUUAAAAAGUGGGAUUUGAAUUUGA